GCCAUAGAGAUGAUAGGCGGCGAGGGCAGCGCGCGGCGCGAAGAAUUGGCCCCGGCGAGCAGAGCGUGGAGGGAGCAGCGGCACAGGCGCGCGCAUAGGGAGGCGGCGUCGGCGACGGACCGUGCGGCGCCCAUGGUUUUUCGUGUAGUCUUUUCUGUCGCCCAUUCCCGCAGAGUUGCAACACUGACCGUCGGAUCGGCUCGUCACACCCCAUUUGCCCUCCAAACUUUCCCAAGUCCGAAACCCCUUCCCCUCCCUUCUGCUCUCCCGCCGCCGCCGCCGCCGCCGCCGAGCGAGCAUGCCGAGCGCAUUCCACUCCCUCCUCCGCCCGACCAAACGCAAGCCCAAACCAAGUCGUCGCCGCGGCAGCAAACUGCCCUGCAAGACCACCAAGUCGAAGUCCAACGCCGACGGCGCCGCCGGGGAGGCCACCUCCUUCCGCCUGAAGAGCUCCGUGCGCGCGGAUCCCGGGGGGGAAGGGAGCGGCCGCCGAGCGGGAGGAUGCCUCGUGCAGCCGCUCGGCAACCUCCUCCUCGCCGGCGGCGGCGGCGGCGGGGCGGGGGGCAGCAACCUCCGUGACGCGGGGCUCGGCGCGCUCCGCCCGCUCCCCGACGACGUCCUCCUCGACGUGCUCGGCCUCCUGGCCGCGCGCGACCUCGCCAGGCUCUCCGCGGCGUCCAGGGCGCUCUACGUCUUCGCCUCCCACGACCCUCUCUGGCGGGCUCUCGUCCUCGACGAGCUCGGCGGGGACUUCGCCUUCUCCACCUCGUGGCGCGCCACCUACAUCGCCGCCGCGUCGGGGGCCCCCGCCCCGCGCGGCCUCGAGAUCAAGGGCUUCUACUCCGACUACCUCUUCCAGAGCUGGCUCUGCGCCAACAUGGAGAUGCGGCCCGAGUGGCUCCACCGGGACACCAUCGAGCGCCGCCGCGGCAUGUCCGUCGAGCAAUUCGUCUCAGAAUUCGAGGAGCCCAACCGGCCGGUGCUCCUGGAGGGGUGCCUCGAGAGCUGGCCGGCAUUGCAGAAAUGGACUAGGAAGCACUUGCUAAAUGUCUCGGAUGGUCAGAAGUUCGCCGUCGGGCCGGUGAGCAUGACGCUGGAUGGCUACUUCCAGUACGCUGACAAUGUGCAGGAGGAGAGGCCACUGUACCUUUUCGAUGCGAAAUUCACCGAGAAGGUGCCGGAGAUGGGGAGGGACUAUGAGGUGCCGGUGUAUUUCCGCGAGGACCUAUUUGGGGUGCUUGGGGAGGAAAGGCCGGACCACCGAUGGGUUAUCAUUGGACCGGCAGGGUCAGGCUCAUCGUUUCAUGUGGAUCCGAACUCGACAUCGGCGUGGAAUGCUGUGAUCAAGGGAGCCAAGAAGUGGGUGAUGUUCCCACCAGAGGUGGUGCCGCCAGGAGUCCACCCAAGCGCGGAUGGGGCAGAAGUCACUAGUCCCGUAUCUAUCAUGGAAUGGUUCAUGAAUUUUUAUGGGGCAUGUAAGAACUGGGAAAAGAGGCCUGUUGAGUGCAUAUGCCGCACUGGGGAGAUUGUCUUUGUGCCUAAUGGAUGGUGGCAUCUGGUGAUCAAUCUGGAGGAAUCAAUUGCGAUUACUCAGAAUUAUGUGAGCAGGAGGAAUCUGUUGAAUGUUCUUGACUUUCUCAAGAGACCCAAUGCAAGUGAACUUGUAUCAGGGACUACAGACAGGGUAAACCUGCACGACAAGUUCCGCAACGCCAUUGAUAAAACUUAUCCUGGGAUGAUUAAACAACUUGAACUUGAAGCCCAACAGAAGGUUGCUGCUCGCAAGAAGAAAGUCUCAUUCUGGGAGUCCGCUGUGGAUGCCAAGACUGGAGGAUUCAAGUUCUCUUUCUGAAUUUUUCGAGCUGCUAGGUCUGUCAGUUUGAUACGUGAUCGCUGUUCUUGGUGAAAAUUCGAUUGCCAUUCUAUUUAAAUGAUCAAUCACAUACGAUUUCCUGUCAGAAUUCAGGUUCAUGAGCCUCUGCUUAAUUUGACUGGUUUGUACCAUCCUAAAUUUUGGAAGAAUGUAGUGUACAUUUAUUUCAUUGUUGUUGUAACAUGUGUCUUGUUUGUACCAUCCUAAAUUUUGGAAGAAUGUAGUCUCGGACAUUUAUUUCAUUGUUGUUGUUGCAACAUGUAACUUUGCACAAUAAUAAAUUUCUCAAUGACCAUUUUAUUCUG